GCCUGUGACUGCUGGGACGCUGAGACCAAAACCUCUUAUGGGUGGAUUGAGAUCGUGGGGUGUGCUGAUCGCUCAUGUUAUGAUCUUUUGUGCCACGCACGGGCCACCAAAGUCCCUCUGGUUGCUGAGAAACCGUUAAAGGAACCCAAAGUUGUAAAUGUUGUCCAGUUCGAGCCAAACAAAGGAGCCAUCGGCAAAGCUUACAAGAAGGAUGCCAAGCUUGCAAUGGAGUACCUGGCCAUCUGUGAUGAAUGCUAUAUCACAGAACAGGAGAAACUCCUCAACGAGAAUGGUGAGUUCACCAUUGAGACUGAGGGCAAGACUUUCAAACUCACCAAGGACAUGGUCAACAUCAAGAGGUUCCAGAAGACCCUGCAUGUUGAGGAGGUUGUUCCUAAUGUAAUCGAACCCUCCUUUGGCAUCGGGAGAAUCAUGUACUCCAUCUUUGAGCACACAUUCCGUAUCAGGGAGGGUGAUGAACAAAGAACGUAUUUCAGCUUCCCUGCCACAGUUGCACCAUAUAAAUGCUCCGUCCUUCCAUUGAGCCAAAAUCAGGAAUUUAUGCCAUUUGUUCGAGAAUUAUCUGAAGCCCUGACCAGGAAUGGUGUUUCCCACAAGGUGGAUGAUUCCUCAGGAUCUAUUGGCAGACGCUACGCCAGAACGGAUGAGAUUGGUGUGGCAUUCGGUAUCACCAUUGAUUUUGACACGGUUAAUAAGACGCCCCACACGGCCACU